AUGAAUACGACAUCACGGCCCCGGCUUGGCCAAUGGUCAAGUAUAGUGCGCACAUGUCUGCGGCAAGUGCACACAGGUCGAGGGAAGGGCUCCCAGGGCCCGGAAGGCCACGGAGAAAAGAUCUGGGUUUUUCGACACCGGAGAUCCGACCAAAUAAUCUACUCUUUUGACGAGAGGUUGGACGGGUUCCACGCACUGAAGCAGCUGCCCUUCAACGGCAAAAAGACAAAGCCAGCAAAGCUGCGGAAGGACUACUGGUCGCCCAUGGCUUUGAUUCAAUUCCCCGAGGGCCAGGGGGCUGUCGGGCGUUCCGUCUACCAAAAGCUACGCGAAUUGAAGCACCUGCACGAGGUGUCCUGGACUGACGAGUUUCGAUACAAGUCGCCCCAGGAGUUUACCGCCGCAGACAAGAAGAAAAUUGCACAGGAAAAGGCCUCGGGGAAUGGUUACAAGCCUGUGCGAAGCAAGGCCGAAAGGGGUACUGCGCUGAAUGCGCAAAAGACGAAUUCAAUUGCUGACAUGGCGGCGGUUUUGGCUGGUCAUGGAAACGGAAACGAAAUUGCUGUUGCGAGCACGGCUACGGACGGUCAUCCUGAUCCGAUUCAGGUUUCUAUUAGGUGGGCGAAUGAUCAGGAUAAGGAGUACGCAGAUGCAUGGUCUAAGAAUGUUAAUCAUGCGCUAUUUGACGAACCAGCCUACACUUCUGGGAAGGAGGCGGAGUCUACGGCCUAG